AUGGGUACGACAGAGUCGGUCUUUGCUGAUGAUACAGUAGCUGACGAGAGUGUGGGUAGGACUUCGACGCAUUCGUCUGUAUCGGGAAACGUUCUGGUACAGCACACUUCGUCUCGAAGACGUGUGCGUAAAAAUAUUGACGCGUCUAGACUGGAAACUCCUAAAGGCCGAAAUCCCCCGCCGCCAAUUUUGAAACUGUCGGGCUUACUGUUGGGGCUCCCGGGUACAGGCAAGCAAACUUUGCUGCAACGACUUGAAGGCAAAGACCCAUUUGCUGCAUCUUCCGCCAAGACAAGAUCCAACCGAACCGUCGCCCCCUAUCAAGUGCCGUCAGGAAAAGCGAGAUGGGAGCGCCUACAAUUACAGAUAAAUAGCUUUUCUGCGCCAAUGUCUGAGUAUGAAGCUACCGAUUUCUGCGUAAUUUUGAUCGAUCCUCGCAACGAUCACAGCGUCACGCGAGAAUUCAUCACGACUGCAAUUGAGACGCUACUAAAGACAACAAGAGAUGAAGAAACGGGCUUGACUCUUCCUUUGUGUCUCUGUCUUUUAUUGAAUUUUCGGGAUUUACAAGGCAAAGAGGAUGAACGCUGGCUCGAUGAGUCUGAUGUCAAAACCUGGACCAUGGAAGCGCUGCACGCAUGCCCAAACUUGGAACCCAGUCGACUAGUACUUCAGUGCGGAGCGUCUUCGCUUUUGAACUGCUACGGCCUUGCCCUCCUACAUCAUUUUAUCUACCAGGCUUACUUGCAGCGCAAACAAAAUGAAAUCGAAAGACUACUGCGUACGGUCCAGGACGCACAAAUAGAUGCUCGCUCUACGACAUUGCAAUCGUACGAGGAUUACUUAAGUGUAGCAAACGGGGGGCAACUACCAUCAAGUCGGCAGCAGCAAGAGCAUGAUGUGUCGCAGCCCGGAAAGCCAAGUGGGAUGGGCGAGUCUACUUCUGAACGUGGACCCAAAGGAGAAGAUUGUUCUACAGGACGACGACGUGUCGUUGCGAACAAUCCCUCUCGACCAUCUCCAGCGGCACCUUCCAGAUUUGCUGCCAUAUCCAAGGAUGCUUUGGAAGAAUUCUUGGCCAGUGAUGACAAUGAAGACGCGCAGCUGCCAGUUGGGAAGGCGGACAACAUAGCCUCCAGCGACUUAGAUGAUGAAGACGGUUUCUACUUAGAUGAAGAUGGUCGUCAUCUUGGGGGUGUAGAGGACUCUUCAUCAAAUGAAGAUGGCGUCGAGUCUCAAAAUGUCGCGUCCAAUGAUGAUACUAGAGGCGUACAUACCGAUCCAGGAUCUCAGAACUCUGCCGACAAAGUCGGACAGACUCAAGGACGAGAGACGGGGCUGAUUUCUGAAGUUGUUACAAAAAGAGGAAAUCAUGUAAACGCUUCGGAACAGACUCCUGUUCCUUUGCCAAACGCUUUGUUGAGAAACGUGGACGGCAAGAGGUCAUCGAACGACCUGGCACGGAAACUGACAAUGGCUGGUAGCAGUCUUGGAAGCGAAGAGAGUAAAUACGAGCAGAACGCAAGAUCCUCUGAAAGCACUGACGUCGACAGUAAAAAGAAAUUGGUACAUGCCUAUCCCUGUUCACACUGAGAAGACCAACGCACUUGUAGCUGGU